AUGCGCUUGGAAUGGGCCGACAAGCUUCGCACCCAACAAGAGCUCGAGCGGCUGCAGGCCAAGUACAUCGGCACCGGGCACCCAGACACGACGAGUUGGGAGUGGAAGACAAACAUCAACCGCGACACCUACUCCAGCAUCGUCGGCCACCCCGCCCUCCUGUCAUAUAUUGCGCUGGCAUCGAAUGAGCCUGUUACCAAAGUGCGCGCCGAGAUGAUCAGAAAAAUGAUACAGCCCGCCGGACCACCACCAGCGAGAGAAGAGGAUAUGAUCAUGGGUGGACAACAAAGCUGA